AGUAAAACUUGAUGUGAAGAUCAAUAGAACCCUUAAAUUAUUUUGGAGUAGCAUUUUAUGCAAUAUAGAACUGUCUUGGGCAUUAUGUCGACAGUUUUAUGCCUACUAAUUUAUGACGAGUGGUUUUAUGUGUAAUACUAUGUUAAAAUUCGUAAAAUAGAGGAAUCCUCAUAGAAACCAAAGUAUAAUAGUGUACUUAUUAUGAAUAAAGAGGACCUUUACAAUUUGAAGUUGUAAUUAAUUUAAUUUAAUAGAAAUUUAGUAUUCAGGAAUUGUAAUUCAAUUAAGAUAGCAAAAUAUUUUUAGAUGGAUAAGGAGGGCAUAAAUGAAUGAUAGAUUAUUGAAUUUGAGC